AAGAAUGCAUUGCUUCACCAACUUGGUAACAUACAAUCAGUCUUGGACGAAGAGUUACGUGAGCUGACUUUGAGAAUUGAAAGGUGCGAAAAGCUGGGAGCGGAGAACUCAAAGGAACUAAAACUUCUUGAUAAAAGGUUUAGUACGGAACUAUCGAAAUAUACCAAGCAAGGAGAAAACAUUCCUUAUAUUUUUGAUGCUCCAAACAGAAACCAAUAUUUUUCCGGACGAAUUCAAGAACUUCAAGAUCUUCAACGCAUUCUAAAACUUGACGAAACUGGGCAAGGACGGAAAUUUUGUAUAGGAGCAGUCUGUGGUUUAGGAGGUAUUGGUAAAACAACUCUGGUGACUCAGUAUGCUCACAAGAUGAAGAAUUAUUAUCGAGGUGGUGUUUAUUGGUUCUCGGCAGAAGAUGACAAUUUUUUUGAACAGUCUGUCAAUGACGCUGCUUUAAAACUCGGUGCGUUACUUGGCACUUUCGAGUUAACGUUGACCAAUACUCUUAUCAGAAUUGGCCAGACAAGUAAGCCAUGUUUAAUCGUCUUGGAUUGCCUAGAUCAACUAAAUCUUUCGCACAAUGUAUUGAAAUUUCUAUCCAUUGUUUCAAGACACAGUGACUCCGCUGCUGUUGUUUUGAUGACCAGAAGAAAUAAACGUCUUCUUAUUGAGGAAAUUUCAAGUCUUCAUAAAGAUCGCUGUCUUAGUCUGAAAUGUCUCGAAAUAGAAGAAGCGAAGCAGUUCGUGUUUGUCAGGACCGGGUUGACUGGUGAUGACAAGAACAACAGUGUCGCUAACGAGCUCGUUGAAGAGCUGGGAGGUUUGCCACUCGCUCUAGAGCAAGCAGGGGCUUGUAUUAAAGCACUUAGUUGCAGUUUAUCUGAUUACCUUGAGCAAUAUAAGACCGAACGCUUGAAGCUGCUGAAAAGACAGAAAGCACAGCCAGUAUCACUCUAUGAAUCAACUGAACGUCUCGCAGUUCACACGACAUGGUUGUUAAAUAUCAAGCACAUCAAAGAGAGCCCGGAUGGCGCACAUGAUGUCCGACUUAUGAACGCGUAUGCAUUCCUUAAUCCAAAUGAGAUCGAACAAGAAUUAAUUAAUGUCGGUGAUCGUCCAAUUGAAGAUAAAGCAUUUCGGGAUUGUGUGAGCUCGCCUCUCGGCUGUCGUCGACUUAUUAAACUGUUAUCUGAUUUUUCACUUUUCAUGUAUGUCCAAGCGCACUCUGUUAGUACCCAUCGAUUAGUCCAAGAGCUAGUCAGAGAAAAUCUUGAUCCUGAAGAAAAAGCUAAAAGUUUUGUUGAUGCAGUUCACUUGAUUUCUUUUGCAUUUUCCAAAUGCACAUCUCCGAAAAAUCUGCUGGGUAAUGUUGGUAUUGAAGAACGCUUCAGAACCUAUGAUUUGCCUAAAAGUCCUUCUCAUUAUUACUUGUGGUCUAAGCUUUGUUUUCAUGUUCGUCAUCUCCGACAGAAUGUGGAGAAGUUGCUAGCAAUUCUUGAUCCACAAUGCCUAGCUUCACUUUUCGUUUUCGAAACUGCCAAAGUUUUUUAUGAAUGCGUUGUUCACUUAAGUGCUAGUCAGAAACAAGAAGAGGCUAAGCGCACUCUAAAUUUUGCUUACCGAAUGUUAGAUUGGAUUCCUUUAGUGGAGUGCGCCGCAGUAGAAAGUAGUCUUUCUGAUAACUCUCUUUUUCCUUCUCGUAUUCCUUUACCGAAAUUGCUUCAGAUUUUGAUCAAGAAAAGUUGUGUGCCUCCUAUUAAUUCCCUCGAAUCUCUUGACGAACAGCCUAGUGCGGUAGCCAAAGAUUCUGGUUUUAGUGAGUUAGAGAAAAAUGUCGAGAAGCACAGAUUAGAAGGAAACAAGAGUUUUAAACGUGGCCAGUACAAAGAAGCAGUCGAUGCUUAUUCUACUGCAAUAGAUAUGAGUAGGGACACACCUGUCUUCAACGCUUUAUUGCUGACUAACCGUGCUUCAGCUUAUAUCAAACUGAACAAGCUUGAUGACGCUCUGAAAGAUGCAAACGAAUAUAUAUCGCGAUUCCCAGAUUGCUGGAAGGGAUAUGCUAGAAAGGCUUUGGCACUUAGAGAGAAAGUCAGUGCUGAAAUCGCAGCUGCUAUUGCUUAUUACCAUUGUUACGAAAAAGAUGGUAUUUGUAUUUUUUCGGAAUAUAAGCCAUUCACAGACGCCUUCUCAGGCCUAAAGGAACGCAUUGACAUAUGUAAUACUGUGUUACAGUUGAUUGAUGCACUGGAGUCAUGCAACACGCAAGAUCUAGACUGUCUGCGAGUUCUCGUACUUGGAUCAAAAGAAUAUAUCAUACAUACGAAUACGACCAGAUUUCUUAGGAGGGGCUACAUCCCUUGUAUUUUUGUAAAUAACUGCAUCAUAGUUGGUGCAAAACCUGAUUGUUCUGUUAGUUUGAAACUGGAAGGCAAUGCAAGCCUUGAUUUGUAUGAAAAAUGCAUGUUUACAAAUCUCUCUUUUGCUAUUAAGAAAGGGCAAAUCAAUGGUUACUCUGGUUCUUGGGUUAAAUUUCAUAACUGCCAUUUUACUUCCAAUAGUGAUAUUUUAGCCGCUGUUACGUCAAACGCUGUGUUUAACGCAGAACGAUGUCAUUUUUUUGACUGCAAAGCCGGAGGACUGCUUUGUGUAGGACCUGGCAAUAUGGUUGUUGAUAACUGCAUAUUUAAAGGUAAUGCAAAAGCUGGCUUAGAAGUGCGCGAAAAUGGAACACUGACAGUGAGAAAUAGUCGCAUGUAUUACAACCAUUGGGACGGGUUGACAAUAGGACCUACAGCGGCAAAAUGUGAUGUAUUUGAUUGUCAAAUUUAUCACAACGCUCGCGAAGGAGUUGCAGUUCUGGAUGCCUCAAAGUGCGUUACUCUCAUGCGAAAUCAUAUUUUUGGAAAUGACGAGAAUGGUAUAUUCGUGAGGGAUUCUGAAGUUGAUAUGAGGGAGAACAAAUUUUUUGAUAAUGAAUCUUGGGGCAUUUGGUCGCAAAGUAAUUCCUGGUGUAAAGUUUCAAUGAACGAAGUGUUCCGCAACAAACGUGGAGGAGUUCGUGUUGGAAAACGGCUCGCAGGAGAAGAAUUCCCUCCAUCAGUUGUUGAAUUGAACAAAGUCUAUGAGAACUUUGGCCCUGCAGUGGUUGAUACCAUUAACAACUUUGAAGACCCCCGUCUUGCUGCGUGGGAGUCAAACGUAUCGGAAGCGAAUGGUGAUUUUAAAUCAGCAAAAUACGAUCGAAAUGUAAAGUACAAUAACAGAGAAAGAUUUAUCGUUAACCAAUCGAAAUCGUCUUCGUCUUGGUGUUCUGGGUGUUUUGGAAAGUGCGAAAAUUUGAAACGGUGUGGAAAGUGCUUCACUGCCGGGUAUUGCAACGCGAACUGUCAAAGAGAGCACUGGUCAAAACACAAGAAAUUGUGUAAAGUUUUACGCGAGAAAUCCAGCUUCAUGAUUACUUCAAUGAAGAGGGUUGGUUCUGACGGCCGCGAUAGUGUUAAUUGUCACGCAAAAGGUCUUGCUGAAGUUGGUCCGAAUUACAGUACUCCUCGGUCACGAAAUGGUAAACGAUUCAUUGUUAAGUUGCAAACGGAUUUUGAAAGUGUUGCAUUUGGUAAGCGACACAUGCUUGUGAUUUACGACCGCAGUCUUACUGUUUAUGAGCACUUUCAGGCUGAAGUUAUUGAUCAUCUUGUGAGAGACUUUGGCAUCCUUUGUGAAAGGAAAUACGAAGAGAAAAAGCUUUUUCUUCACUGCGUUUUUGAAAAGAAUGGAAAACUUCGACUGUUCAUUAAUGAAUUUGCCGACUUUCAAACAUGGUGA